CACGGGACAAAACAUUUAUCUGCACUUUGUGUGCAGCCUAAGUCUUGAUCAGGGUUCAGCAAGACUUAGAUGUCGAGCUGUCCGAUGAGGACUCAUUUUUCCACGACAGGACGACGAAGGAGUAGCGUCGGAAUUCCCUUUUCCCCCCUACCGAGUUUUCUGUCCUCUCAUCACAAGAGCACGCAGUAUCAAACAAAUGGUGAGUGCACUUUGCCUUGCCUCCCCGAUAUUGUCAUGUGUUCACUGGGAAACCGCUGCAGGCGACUUGCGUUGAAUGGCUCUUCUGUUCCUGUUGAUCCUUUUCAAAAGGAAAACCACUCUUUGUUUUGCAUGUUUGUGAAAUCAAAUCCGUUACAAACACCCAUCGACUAAGGCCACUUCUUGUCCCCCGUUUGCUCGCUUCACAAGCCCGUCUCCGACGUAUCCAAAGUCUGUGUAGAAGCCAAGCCUGACUCGCUCGCGAAAUAACUUUUUCGUCGUUUCCGCACAGGUUCUGCACACAUUAUUCCCUUUGCAGCCGACAGUGUCUCCUAAGUAUUCAUCAUCAUCUACGCCGACGUUGGGCUGCCACGGCGAAUGGUUGUAACUUACCUUCACAAAACCACUGUUCCUAUUCGAAAGAGUGCUGCGUUACCAGGUGCGAAGCAACUGCAGGUUGUUGGCUUCCCAAAAUUUUCUUCUCAUUUCCUUUUCAUACAGAGGGACCCCAUCUUCCCUACGUAACCGACCCUGUUUAACACGAGAGAAUUUGUGCAGCACGAACCCCCGGAACGCUACGAUUUGGUCGAGACGAACACUCUGGGAUCUUGCCUGAACGCCGGGUGUCACAUAGGCGUGCAGUAGCAUCUUGGAUUAUACCUGAACCUAGCCUCCAUGUUGCACUUCAUACAGUGGGAUUUCUAGGCUUCUGGAACUGCCCUUUUCACGAGCGUAACCACCAAAAGAAUCCGACGGGUGGCCGACGUGCUGCGCGUCUCACUCCUGUCAUCCUGCAGGCGAGUCACCCAGUAAAAGAGAGAAGCCAUUCUAGAAGACGAAGUAUCUUGGUUGAAGAGUCCUUUUUCCCCGUUGACGCAUUUACAACAGCAAAAGCCGGAAAAGACGCGAAAAAGAAGACCACCGAAUACCACGCCGCGCCGCGACUGUUUCUGUUCUCGUUUCCCUUCUCUUCGAGGCACAGCGCUUUCUGCUUGUGUUGUCUUCGCUCGACGCCUGCCUGUCUCUUUGUUUUCCGCUUCGUCGUCAACUCGCUGCAUGCUCUGCUGUGCCGGAGAGCCUCAAGCGAACUUCGUCUCGAGCUCUUUUGCGCGUGACUUCCCCUUUUCCCCCAGCUGCUCUCCUUGUCUCUGCAGCAGCCCUGCAUCUGUGCAUUUUCUGCAGCUUUCCGUUUCCAUUUCGUCGUCAUCGCGCUCAACUCCGCCGCCUCCCUCUUCUAACAAGCGCCUGUUGGUCUGUCUGGCCUCUGCGUCCACGUCGGAUUUCUGUCUUCAAACCUUUCCUCCACUUUCUUUUCACCAACAUGGCGACCAAUCUGGAGAUCGACUCCGCUGACGUCAUCCGCCUUAUCCUCCAGUUCCUUCAAGAAAGCAACUUGACCCGAACUCUGCAGGUGCUUCAAGAAGAGACUGGCGUGUACUUGAAUUCUGUCGAGAGCGUCGAGGAAUUCGCCAGCGAUGUGCAACAGGGCAGGUGGGAUACUGUGCUCCAGACUGUCUCUCACUGCAAGCUCCAAGAUGAAACACUCCACCUUCUCUACGAACAGGUGUUGUGCGAAAUGUUGGAGCUCCGAGAAGUCGAGUUAGCUCGCUGUCUUCUGCGAGAAACGAGCGUCUUCAACCAAUACCGUCUCCACUAUCCAGAGAAAUUCAAGCGCCUCGAACUGCUGUGCAACAAGCCGUUCUUCGAUCCGAAAGAUGUCUACGAACACUCGACGAAAGACAGGCGACGCGCAGCCAUCGCACAAGCCAUCGCGAACGAACUGCAGAGUGUGCCUUCUUCUCGGCUGUUGACGCUACUCGGGAUGUCUCUGAAAUACCAGAAACAGAAAGGCAUGCUGCCUGCCGGAGAGAAAUUCGACCUCUUCCUCAACGCAGCCUCCACAGGCAAAGAGGGCCGCGAAGAAUUCCCAGUCGCCAUUGCGAAAACCAUCAAGUUUGGAAGCAAGUCGCAUCCGGAGUGCGCAGCGUUCUCACCCGACGGCCACCAUCUGGUCUCGGGAUCGAUCGACGGAUUCGUCGAAGUCUGGGAGUGGACGACCGGGCAGCUCAACAAAGAGUUGGCGUACCAAAAAGAGGACGCACUGAUGAUGCAUGAAAGCGCCGUUGUUGCAGUCGAAUUCAGCAGAGACAGCGAAGUACUGGCAACAGGAAGCCAAGAUGGACAGCUGAAAGUCUGGAUUGUCGCAACAGGACAGUGCGCUCGAAAAUUCGACCGUGCUCACGACGGAGCAAUUACAUCCAUUUCCUUCAGCAAAGACAACACACACCUCCUCACGUCUUCGUUUGACACAACUGCGAGAAUCCACGGCCUGAAGUCUGGAAAGACUUUGAAGGAGUUCAGGGGGCAUCUGACGUUCGUCAACUGCGCUCUUUAUCUCCCCGACAAUACGCGCGUAGUCACAGGAAGCGCUGACGGGAAGGUGAAGAUCUGGGACGCGAAGACGCAAGACUGUCUGCACACCUUCGCGCCUCCGCUGCCGCCCUACAUGAACGCCUCUCAACAUCUCCCGGCAAUCAACAACAUCAUUCUGGCGCCGAAGCAUGGAUCCGAGAAAGACAUGAUAUAUGUGUGCUCGAAGACGUCAACCAUCAUGUUGAUGACGCUCGAUGGUCACGCAAUCAAAACAUGGUCAAGUGGAAAGAAGCAAGGAGGCGACUUUGUCUUCGCGUGCUUGUCUCCGCGAGGAGAGUGGCUCUACUGCGCUGGAGAAGAUAACACUCUCUACUGCUUUGCGAAUGCGACAGGAAAACUGGAGCAUGUCAUGAAGAUCCACGAGAAAGACACAAUCGGCGUUGCGCACCAUCCUCACCACAACGUCAUGGCUUCUUGGGGAUGUGACGGCUGCUUGAACCUCCUGAGGCCUUGAGAGAAACGAAGAAACAAUCCGUUUUCGUCUCCCUCCUCUCAGCUUCCUCCUUUCAGUCCACCGUCUCCCUGGCCUCUUUUUACCGGUGUACAUACACCCUACUAUAUAUACAUAUAUAUACAUAUAUACGUAUGUAUACAUACGUGUAUAGGUGCACAUGUAUGCGUAUAUGCGUAUGGAUACAAGUGAAUACUAGAGAGGGAGCACUGUGCAUGUGGAUGUACAUACAAAUGUGUAUUUUCAUGAAGUUUUGCAAGGAGCAGGUGUGUGGCUAAUUUUUUCCUUGGGGCUUUCCUCCGUUCGCUGCAUCGGCAGGUGUUUUCUUCUUUGCUUUUCGGUUCAUCUUUUUUCGUAUCUCUUUUAUCGUCCUGUCUUCUUGUCUCGCGAGCGGAGAACAUUUCCAACUUUGAAGGAUGCUUUUGUCUGUUCUUGGGCUCUGAUUUCAAGACCUCUCUUUGUCUCCCCUCCCCUUUUUUGGAUCCGUUUCUUCUCUUCCUGUCUCCAGUCUUGGAAAAAACGAGAUGCUCCGGGAACGCAGCGUCGACCAAGUGCUACCACACCUCAAAAUCGCUCGUGUCUCGUCACUCGACAGCUCCCCUCCGUCUGCUUCUGUCUUUCACUGUCCGUUUCGCGGUCUUCUCGCCUCUCUGCUUUCUCGGUACACUCGCUGCGUCUCCGUGUCGUUUUUUCGCUUUCUUUCUUCUCAAGAGAAAUCUCUCUCUCGUCCGGACCUUGGACUUUCUGCACGAAUCUACGAAUCGCGCCGUGUACGUUUUUACAGUGAUACACACAAGCAUAUAUACAACGAUUUUCAUAUAUAUACAUACAUAUAUAUAUAUAUAUGUGCAGAUAUAUAUAUAUAUAUAUAUAUGCAUAAACAGGCCUACGCGCAUGUGGAUAGACAUGUGUCCGUGUGUUCGUCUAUAAGACGAGGUAGGCAGUCCGAUGCAUCUGGCACUUCGAGUGUAGAAGGUCGUCGUGGCGCCCUUCGUUCGUUUCGUCCUUCGCUUUUUCCUUUGCUGUCGUUCCGCGCGUUUCCUUUACUUCUUUCUCUCUCUCCUUUAUUUUCUCAAAUGGUCUUUCUUAUCGCUGCGGGCGUGCACCCUCUGUCUUCUUUUUUUUUCUUCUUUCUCUGUCUCCCGCCGCGUCUCUGUCGAGUCCUCGGAUCUUGUCUUCCGCGCAAGCUUCCCGAAGCCGGAGACUCUUUGGCGGAAGAGAAGUUCACUCGGGGAAGAGGA